AUCUUUGAACCAAUGAAUCCUGUCGACAAACUUGGAUUGAACACAGCGCUAUCCAAAGCUCGCAAAAGCUAUCUGGAGGGAGGCAUCCCCAUAGGUUCUGCACUUGUCUGUCACGGGUCAUUAGACGACGCUGGGGAAGCUAUUGUGCUAGGGACCGGGCACAACGAGAGAAUACAGAAGUCGUCUGCAAUACUUCAUGGCGAGAUAUCAGCUUUACAGGACGCCGGUAGGUUGAAAGCAGGAGUAUAUUCCAAAUGUACCAUGUACACCACCUUGAGCCCUUGCAACAUGUGUACGGGUGCUAUCUUGUUGUAUAAGAUUCCCCGGGUUGUAAUCGGUGACAACACAAACUGGGUCGGGGGAGAAGACCUCUUGAAAAGUCGCGGGGUAGAAGUAAUUGUCGUUGGCGAUGAUGAAUGCAGAGACUUGAUGUCGAGAUUCAUUCAGGAGAAACCAGAGGAAUGGAACGAGGAUAUCGGCGUAUAAUACCGAAUAUAAUGAUAUCAUAAUCUCAGUCUGCUCAAGUGCUCACCGAGAGACACUACUGCCGACGAAAAGAGGUGUGCAUUAUGAUACUUCAGGCGCCUUUGUCCCCAGGUGGUUAGGUAGG